CCUACGAAGACAGUGUUGCGUGAUUUGGAUAGCAGUGAAGGGGACGACGAAGAGGAUACUCGUUCACUCUUGGACAGGAUGAAGAAGACGGUGGAAGACAUGAAGAGGAGGAGGAGCGUUGGUCCUCCGUCAAAUGCAAACUCUGCCCUUGAUGAAGACAUGAUUGUGGACGUCAGUGAAAACGAUGAAUCAGAGACAAUAGAGGAAAGGAUGACUAUACAACAACAGUCAGGUCAAGGAGUUGCUGACUUCUCAGAAGAGGGAAGUGAUAAAGAGAAUGAAGGUGCUUUCAGUUUACAGCAUGACUGUUCCGAUCAGUAUCUUGACUCCGAAGAGCCUCGAUCAGCAGACAAUGAUUCUGACAUUGCAAAUUCUGACAAAGAGCAAGAAAAUGUUACCGUGGGUGCAUUUUCCGGGACAUCCUCACUUUCAGUGGAGGGUUGUGAUG